CAAAUAACAUUUUAACUGUCAAAAUAUAUAUGUUUUUACAUCAAAUAUGAGAAAAGUAUUAAUUAAAAAAAUCGGCAUUUCUUGUUAUGUAUUUUUUUAAAGAAAUAUUUUAUACAGAUACUUGUUACCUAAGAAAUAUGAUAAUAUUUAGAAAAAUAAAGUAAGAGUAAACGAAAAUAAAUAAACCAUUCCUAUGAAUAUUAUGCAAAGAGUUCCUAUAUUCUUAACAUUGAACUAAAGUAUGUCCUUCAAACGUUUGUGUCAUUGGGGACCAAUAUGUGUAUUGGGUAUAAUAAAACUGAUAACAUGGUCAAUGGUGCAUCUGAUUGGCAUGUGGUGGCCGCCUUACCUAACACUCGGCGGAGCUCUGCACGCCGCUUUCUUCCUGAGCCUGGCAGCAUCCACUCUAUACUUUUUUAUGCAGGCAUUACUUGAGGGUCCGGGCUAUGUUCCUCAGGGGUGGAAGCCUGCGGAGGAAUGUGAUGUCCAGUAUCUCCAGUACUGCACAACAUGCAAGGGAUACAAAGCACCGAGAUCACAUCACUGUAGAAAAUGUGGGCACUGCAUAAAGAAGAUGGAUCACCACUGUCCGUGGAUCAACUGCUGUGUGGGUCACAACAACCACGCCUACUUCACUCUGUUCCUCAUAUCCGCUGUACUGGGCUGUCUUCAUGCCUCCAUAGUGUUGUCUAUCUGCCUGUACCACGCUAUACACCGCGUGUGGUACUUGCAGUACGGCGAUGGCACCGAGCCGCUGAUUUACGUGACCUUGACCACGUUGCUGCUCUCCCUGCUGGCCACGGGCAUGGCCGUGGGCGUUGUGCUGGCCGUGGGCGCGCUGCUCUACCUGCAGAUGCGGAGUAUUCUUCGGAACCGCACCACCAUAGAAGACUGGAUCGUGGACAAGGCGGCCUGCAGGCGAGACGAGCGCGGGCUGCCUCAGUUCCGGUUCCCUUACGACCUGGGCUGGAGGAGCAACCUGCGGCUCGUGUGGUCCGGCCACCAGUACGACGGAAUACACUGGCCGGUCCGGGAGGGACACGGCCAGUAUGACCUCACUAUGGAGCAGAAGGCGCAGAAGGCGGACAAGGCCGUCCGCUCCCGAGUGUACGCGGCGGCCGCUACAUACUCCGGCCGCUGGCUUCCCUUCCUGCAGUACCCGAGAGCCGCCCUCGGCCCGCCCUGCAGUGACGAGCCUCGCCUGCCGCUGAGGGUAGGGGACCGGGUCAAAGUCACCAGGCAUCGUCGGCACUGGUUGUUCGGGGAGAAGGUUCUGUCGGAGCAGGAGGCGGUCGGUGGUCUGCGAGGCGACCGCGGCUGGUUCCCGCGCGCCGCCGCCACCGGCCUCGACACGCACACAUACACACACACGAACACACACACUGGCAAAAACAAACACAAACCGGACUAGAAGAGACGAGUAAAUAUUAUCUGUUAGGACGAACAAAACCUUUGGUUGGCUCAAAAUAUCAAAGAAUUACUGUAAGUAAGACAUUGUUUUACUUUUAGUUGAUUAUCACAGCGUUAUAUUUUAUCCUGCAAGUUUAGUUCCAGUAUCGACAGCGUCGUGUCGUUGUUAAAAUAGCCUCUAUUACUAUAAGCUUAAGUCUGAUUAAAACUAUUUCAACCGCAAUGAGUGAUACCACCAGAACAAUGUGUUGCCUGAACAGUACUCCAUGAAAUGUAUAGGACAUAUGAUAUCUUAUAUAGUGAUCCAUAGACAAUAUAUAUAUAUUAGUUUUUUCUUACAAAUUAUAAUACUAGAUUAUUAUCUAAUGUAACUAUGACCAUAGACUACUAAUGUAAUAUAGUCUGUGCAAACGCGGCCUGUUACAGUACUUCUACACCCGGUCUCUUGAUAUGUAAACAGUGGCAUAUAAUACACAGUGUGUCAUACUCUGUCAGAAUGAUAAUCUGUCCUGUAUUAAGUUAUUGUGUACAUAGUAUCAGAUUUGUUACUUAUGUUAUAUAUAUAAUCACUGACUAAUAAUUUAAGAAAACAUAAAUAAUGUAACAUAUACCGCUCAUGAUGCAAACAAAUAAAACUGAUCUCUGUCUUAACUUUCAAAGUAUUUUACAAUUCCAUAUGUUUUUUAGUAGCCUUUGUGAUUUCUUUAUAAUAAAAUAUAAAUUAAGCUGA